UAUGCCAGAAGAAAAGCCGUCGUCUUCAAGUGACAUCUUCACACCAAUGGUUGGAUUACAAAAAACUGAGCCUUGAUGUGUCCUGAAACACCUGUAUUGUUUUUAAGGAGCAAAGUACUAUGUCUCUGAGGGGACACAGGAGCUGUUAAUGCAGCACUGCUAAGGGUACGGCUGACCCCUGGUCCUCUUGUUGGAUAUCAUGACGGGAGAACAUGUUUAUGCAAUCCAAGAUUCUGACACAGAUUCCAAACAACAGGACAAGGAGGCCUUAUUUGAACAAUUUAGUGACAAAGACUUGGGGGACUAUAAAAGCAGCCCAUCCCAGAACUCCAAUGCCAGCCCAGAGGGCGGGGCUAUUAAUGGGGCGAAAUUCUGCGUGAAGGAGAAGGAGGGUUGCCUUCAGAGAGAGGCUGUAAUUAGGCCUCGUCAAACAGGAAAGAUUGAUUUUAAGUCCCUCCAGAAUAGGCCAAAGUUUUCCAGUGAUAGAUCAUGGCCAAGUGGCAAAAGCAGCCCACAGUCCCCCACUGGAAAGAGCAAAGGAAGAGACAAAAACAAAAGGUCUGGGAAAGGAGACCGCAACCCCCAGCAACUAUAUAAACUCAGUAUGACUAGCUCCCGGUCUAACCCCACUAUUGGAAUUGCAUAUCCACAGCAAAAGGUGACGCCACCCAAAAAGCUAGAAAAUAUUCGAGGUCCCAUAACUGGUAGUUACCGUUUUCAUGUCCCCAGCAUACCAGAGCGAGAAGCAGAGCUCCAACAGGAAGAUCUCAAUUAUAACAGAUGCUUUCAGGAGGCUUCCUCAAAUCUUACCUCCACAAACUAUACCUCACAGGCUCCAGAUGCUGCCCACCAACAGCAUCCCUCGCAACAGCAAGCUAACAAUCUCUCUCGGGAAAAUACCCCAACAAGAGGACAAUUACACUACCCCGAGUUCCAGAACAACGGGUCAAGUUCUUGGCAUUCUACAGAAAAAACAUUUGGUGGUGCUAACUAUGGACUGUCUUCCUCGCAGAAACCAGCUCAUUUCCCAGAUGCCAAUAAAGCCACCUUUGGACCUUUGCCAUUUCAGUACGGAUUCUCACCCUUGCAAGAUGCAACUUCAGAUCCUUUCCCCAGUGAUCAUUCUCAAGACUAUGUUGACGUUUCACUGGCAAAUAACCAGGUAACGCAUAGUGAUUUUGCAUUCAGUUCAUCUGGAGAUGGGCAAGAGGAAAGCAUAAUUAAUGGACAGUAUGAUAACUUGCAGCCAGAUAGGAGGACAUAUACCCAGCCUUCACAGCAAGCCCCGUUUAUUCAACCUUCACACGGAACGCAGUCCAUUUGUUAUAAAGGAAAAACUGAUCACUCUGCAGAAAUGGACAGCGCUGUUUCUACAUCAUGCCCUGUAGAACAAAGUCACAACACUUUCCCAGAAAAUCAAGCUAUUCAAGAAAUGAAUUUGCACAACAGUGGUGCUUCCACUGCAUCAGUAAACAAGAGAAGCUCAACGCCCAAAGAUAAUGUUUCUAGUCAAAGAAUAAUGACUCAAGGAAAUCCCCUUACAAGAAAUCUUGCACAAGGCUCGUUACCCCAAAUGCACUUUCAGGGCAAAACUUAUGGAAGCUCUCCAGUGACCAGCACUCCAGGACUGGUGCCGUUUGAUAAAAACAUCCCUAAUACAAGGAAGAACCACCCAAGGCUAUCACAGCCCUGGGAUGGGGCAAACAAAACAUUUCCUUCAAUCGACAAGAACGCUGCACCUUAUUGUACUCCAACUGACAGCCAGUUUCAGUUUCAAUGCCAACCAGCUGUAGAACAGCAACAACGUAUGGCGAAAAAUGGAAGAUUGCCUUGGCAGCAGAUACAUCUCACAUCUGCCAUGCCAAACCAAAACAGAAUCGAACUGUCCAGACAGCUGAGCAACCAGAAACUUCCUUUCCCACUUGCUGCUUCUGAAUGGCAGGAGGAGAACAAAUCACACAAGAACACUUCUCCAAGCAAUCUGAGCAGCUUCCAUGGCAAAAAGCAAAGUGAAGAUUUCAUCAACCCGAGGAAUGAAGGUACCAAGCAAAACUGCAGUCCAGCCACCACGUUUUUAUUGGAAAAUGGAGUUGACACUAACCCCCAAAUGUGCAACUCCAGAAAUAAAAGUAUGUUCUAUGGAUUAAACCAGUCAAUGACAAGUGCCCCUUCUAGAAUGAACAAUCACCUCCCAUUGCCACCAGGAAGCUUAAUAACGCCUUCUCCAUAUGAAUCCCCUCUUCAUUCACCAGUUCAAAACCCAUCAUCCAGUAGUACCUGCUCUUCUCUUUCUCCGGUCUCGAGCAGUCCUAUAAAUGCCAGCUCCGAGGACAGUCAGCUGCCCAUGGCAGGUCCACCUCCUCCUUUUUACCACCAACACUGCCACCUAAAGGAGGGGAAGUCAUUCCCAGCCCCAGACCAGAUAAACCCCAGUCUCCACCACCUUCAUCCUGAUGGCUCCAGAGCCUUUCCUCAUCCCACAGAAAGAACAAAAGAUGACCUCUUGAACUACCUAAACGAUAGUAAAUUCUCCAAACAGAAUGUGGACAAUGGGAAGGUUUGUCUGAAUGGCUUUGGGGUUGAACACCUACCCCCUCCUCCCUACUCUGCUCAGUUGCUGGCCAAUUCAUUAACCAGUGCCAACCUGGACCAGCUUGACGUUCUUCUUACCUGCAAGCAGUGUGACCAAAACUAUGGCAACCUUUCCUCGUUUCUUGAGCACAGACAAUAUUGCGGACUGCAUGCAAUAUCUCAAGGCGAGUUUAAGGAAACGGCAAGAAUGGAGGAGAGCAGACAAUUUCAGAUGGACACAGCAAAGACUACUCAGACAACACCAGCUUUCCCUUUAUCAAGGUGCUCAUCUGAUCUACAUUUGUCUCUGCUAGGAUUAAGCAAAAAUGGUGAAUUACUGUUAGACAGUGAUGCAAAAGGAGAUCCAAGGGAUGACCCUUUAAAGCUAAACUUGUUCAAUGGGAUGACGGCCCCCAUUUCUCUUACUACUUCUGAUUUAGAUAUAGAUGAUGCAAAACUGGACAGUCUGAUAACCGAAGCUCUAAAUGGUCUUGGUUAUCAAUCAGACAAUGUAGAGAUUGACAGUAGCUUCAUAGAUGCCUUUGCAGAUGAUGAUCUAUCCACAACAAAGACCAUGGGAAGCGGACAGACUAAAAUUAAAGAUUCUAUGCUGUUUGAAAGUAAAAAAAAACAUUUGGCUCUGGAAGAGAGGCAGACAUCACAAUCAAAAACCUUUUUUGGCUUUGAAAGGGAUAACAUGAAUAUUGACAGCAAGAACCUGGUUGAGGACUCUGAAAAGAAGCACAAGGAAUUUAAGAAAGAGGAAAAAGACAAUCUAUCACAUAAAAAAACAGGAGGUCAUUUCUUUGACAAAUCGUCUGAAAAAAUGGAAAGGAUAAAGCUUGGAAGGAGACCCAAUAGUGCAAAUGUGCAGGAAAGUGUAAAAGAGACCAGGGCGCUGUGUUCCAAAAACUAUUCAGAAAGAAAUGGACUGAAAAGUUACCAAGAUAGCCCAAAUAUAGCCAGAGGAAGUCUUUCUGAAGUGUCUGCUGUAAGUACGAGCUCAGUAACACAUAGAUUUGGAGUAAAAGAAAAUAAAAAAAGAAAGGCCAGCAGCGGGACAUGGAGCAAGGAACUAAUUCACAAAAUUGUACAGCAAAAGAACAAACUUCACAAGCUGCAUGUAAAAGGGAGCAAGAACUUGCCAUUUUCUUUAGUAAUGGAACGGCUUGCCCCAGCACCACAGAACAGCAAGCUGGGGGAAUAUGACUACAUCUCGGAUUCAGAUGAAGAAACUGAACCUCUAAAAAUCAGCGCCCGCAGCCGUCUGGGUUCAGGCCUAAGUGGCAGACCGAAAUACAGCUACACAAAAGAGUAUAAAGGCCGAGGGGGGAGGGCUAAGGAGAAAGAAAUUACAUGGAAACAUGAUGCCAAGGACAGGGGUUUAGAGAGCAAAAGCGCUGAAGCACUAAGUCCACCACAGAUGAAAGAGAACUUUGGCAGGAGAGUCAGGAGACGGAGUAGCAGAUCCUCAACAAGCAGUGAUCUUAGCACACCUGCGAGUUUCUCAAGCGAAAGUAUAAAUAGUCCAAAGAGUACCGACAGGACAGAUUCUGACAAUGAAAAAGGGAGCCCAGAAAAGAUAUCCAGCACCAGUGAGGUUACACAUCCUGAAUCUUUUGAACAAGAAGUGUUUAAAAGAGUAUCUAAUGUUUCCAAAGAGUACUGCACAACAGAUUUUUCCAAAAACACAAAGAGAUAUGGCUCCGCUAAGUUUCUGUUUGCUGGUAGAAAGUCACAUCAUCACCAACGAUCUAUGUUUCUGCAUUCUAGUUACAGGAUGGAGGAAAGCUUAUCAGAAUUGUCAGCUAUCAAAACAUAUAGCAUCAACAAAGCCCAGGAGAGCUUCGACAGCAAAGGAAUCUUAAUGCCAGACCCAAUAUUGUCUUCUGAAAGUUGCGCUAUGACAACAGAUGUCUCAGAAAAGACUGACAAUGCAUUGAAUUCUGUAAACUUUAAUUCAACUGUCAGGAAGGUUGUUGCAUCCUACAAAGGACCUGUUGCAGACUACUGUAACGACGAGUCUGCUAUUAAAUCAUCUCAAACCAGUGAAACAAUCCCUGAUGUUAACACUGACAUUGCAGAUUGCAAGAAAAACACAAUGGAAGGUGUAUUAGCUGUAGGAAAAUCUGAAUUUGAAAGCAAUAGCAGAGAUUUUCAUGAUUCAAGUGCAGUGGAAAGAAGUGAUGUUUCUCCUUUUUUGGAAAUCAUGGACUUAGGAGCAAAAGAAUCAUCAAACCAAUAUGACUGUGAUGUUUAUUCAAAGCCUUUGCCUGUAGCCAGUUCUGAUGCUGAUGAUAUUUAUGUGUGUCCAUCCGACCUUCAUAAUGACUCAAUUCAGAAAGAUCAUUCAAAGCAGUGCACCGUGUCUUACCCGGUGGACAACGAGCAAAGCUUGGUGAAAUCUCCACUUACAUUUGAUACUUCUUCGAUGUUUGGAGAACUUUCUGUGCCUGAGUUUGACAACAGUUUGUAUACAGACGUCAGUAAAGAUAGUUAUGAUACUUUCAAUUCAAAUCAUACUGACAAAAGAGCAGUAUUUGAGAGGACAUACCCACCAUUUUUAGAGCAUAAAGAUUGGAAUAUAAUGGAUGAAGUGAGCCCCAUGUUGUCUGAAGAUAUUUCUCAUUUUCCACAUCUCUCUGUUGACAAGGUGCUAAAUAAGGCUGAAAAAUCUAUUUUGCCUAGGCAGAUGCCCUUAGGGUUGCCAGAUAAAAUGGUGGACUAUAAUGCUCCAUUUGUAAGUAACACAUCUGAUGAUGAGCUAGAGAUUAAAAGAAUUGUUACCGAAUUAGAAAACCAGCUUCAGACAAGCAAGCUAAAAAGUGGAAUUUCAGAACAGCUAACCUCCAACAGUAAGUUUCCAACUCUACAUUUGCAUCAAGAGCCUGAAAGUGAGAAAGACAUGUUGUUGACAGGCAUUAUUAGAGGGACCACAGCUGAUCGUAGGCUACAGGAGCACUAUGACGAUCACGACCAUCCAUGGUUGUGUACUUUUCAAUUUGGGUCUUUGGAUGCUCAACCAUGCCUCCAUACGCCAGAACACGAAGAGCCAAGUUCCGUUGAUCACUUCUACUCCAAAAAAGAUGAAGCUGAAAAUACUGACAUUACAGUGAAAAAAAGUGUGACACCAGAGGAAAAGGAGAAAGGGAAUACCACUGCAAUUGCAAGCCCUUUGCCAGACAAAUCCGAAGAAAUCCUUGAAAAUCAAAAGUAUGCUGAAAAUCUCAUGAAAAGUCUGGAAGUCAUUUCAGAUUCCAUCUUUAGUAAAGGUGCUUUAUCAGAUGAUCAGGAAGAGUCCCAGUUUCUAAACAAAAAGUAUAAGGGAGAAAGCAAUUCCACUGUACCGACACAGGAUGAAACAGAGGUGUCGUCACAGACUAAAUCAGUUCAAAGCAAAGCUGGAGACCUUGAAUCCGAGUGUGUAAUGCACAAAACAUUGUUAUUUCCAUUUGGGGACCCAGACUGUUCUAAUAAUGGAGAUGUAGCACUUUCUCCUAAAACAACCACACACCAGUCUUCAAUUAUGAAUCCAGAAUAUGAUACAAAAGAAUUUCAAUUUGAGCCAGUUAGUGACCACAAAGCAGAACUUGAUCAAAGCAAACCACCCUUGACAGCUCAGCAAACUGACUCAGAAACCUCUAAGACUGAAAUCGUUAAGGAAAAGACAAAGGGAAAUGAUCAUCUGGCAACAGAGAUUUCUUGCACACACGAGAAAGAUAAUUGCAUAGACUCCACAGUGAACCCCUUACAACAACUACAGCUUUUUGUUGCCCGUAAUAUAAAGCACAAUGAAGAAGAAAUGAUAAUGCCUUCUUACCCUGUGUUGCUAUCUACCACUCCAUUUUCAAUUGCGCGUGACCAAUCAGAGCAGAAAGAGGAUAACCUUAAAUAUUCGCCCAGCACAGAAACAUCAAACGUUCCCAAAGACAAACUCAAAGAUACCAAUUAUUUAAAUGAAAAGGAACAGAGCGAUAAGGGGGUCUUUAAAGAAGAAAAUGUGACAGCAUUGACGGAAAAGGAGGAACCCCAUCACAGUGAUCAAAUGCUAAAACCAGAGAUGUCUGAAUCAUCAGGCCAUGAGUUUCAAAAUGCUACACAACCACAGCACUCAACAGAUGAGCAAUGUAAAAAUAACAUUAGCACACCUGGGGCUGCUGCAGAGCACAGUGACAUGUUAUCUCCAUGCAGCACAACUACAAAAGCUUUGCUAGAGCUGGGUAGUCAGAUCUUAGUAAAACCAGAACAUGGAGAUGGAGAAAAGCAAGCCUUGACAUUUAGAGAACAUGAUACAUUGGAAAGUUGUGAUACACUUACUGAUGAUCCCGUAUCAAAACAAAAUACCGAUCUUACAGACUGCCAAGAGAGAAAUGAUCAACUAGAGCAGUUAAAAUCUACUACAUACUCCACGCCGCACCAAUGUGCAGAAGAAGAAAGUAAGGAACAGGCAGAAAGAAAUGCUGUUGAGGCCCACAAUAAUCCUUCUACAUCUAUGAACCACAAUGACUUAUAUGAUCAAUGUAACUCGCACAAGAUGUGGCACAACUUUGACAGACUUUCACCUAUUUCCAUGGAUAAUGCCCACUCUCCAAGACAAGAUGACAUAUUAAGCACAAAUAGUGUAGUGUUGCCUCACUCUGAUGAAUCCAUUUCUUCUGGCUUGUCUUACUCAUGUGUUGACCUCUCACACAUCAGCAUUGAUGAACCUAAAAAGGAAAGCCUAACCAUUGAUUGUGAAGAAAGCAUUCUCUGUAAAAGUCCAUUGGUUAACAUUCUUGAGCCAUCUGAUUUACUUAAUAAUGGUGAAGAUACUUUUAAAGAAACACAUGCAUUUUUAGACCAGCCAUCUGGACCAAACCGGGAUUUACCUUAUGAGAUAAAACAAAGUCCAUUGAACUACACCAGUCUUGAAGUCUACAGCGGUAUGGCAGGACCGUCAAAUGACUGCAAAGACAAUCAGGUUUUCUAUGGUGAAAGCAUUGAGAAUAACUAUGAUCACUCUGAGGUAAGCUUACCCCUGCCUUUAACAUGCAAGGAGUCUUUAAAACCAGACAGCCAUAUACAUGAUAGGUCCUCUUCUGACUCAUGUGACAGUCAUGUGGAUAUUCAAGCCAAUCUUUGCUUUUCAGCAGUGCCUGUGCAAAGCAUUAAAUGUGCAUGCACUGAAGUGCUGUGCUCUCACGAUAAAGAAAACAAUAUUACUUCCAUCACAAAUGCAAUACUGGACUUUCAGUCAAUGUCACAUGGGAUUACAAAUGUAUGGCACCCCCCUUUAGCAGCUAUAGAAUAUAUUGACUUACGCAGUGAUCAUUUAAAGAAAUCAGAUUCAGUGGUUUUGGGUCUGAGCCUUAAAUCACCACAAACUGAGAAAGAAAAAGUUUCUUUGAACCAGGAAGCUUUAGAUAAUUCAGAAACUCUUCAGCCCGUGGAAAAAUGUAUUGAUUGUUCUUCAGGCACAGAGUCAAGUAGACAAUCAGACCAACUGCCACAAAUAGAGGAAAUAACAAAACCAAUUAAAAUUGAGGAAAAGGACAUUGUUGGUAAAACCGAAUCUAAAAAUGAGAGCAAUGUUCCAAAAAAGAAUGGAUCAAAAUUAUGUGACAUUUGUUCAGCAUCUUUCCGAUCCAACCCUGGGUUGAAAAGACACAAGGCAAUGAAACACAAUGUUAACAAAGGUGAGGCUAUCAAGCAAGAGAAGGCUUUGGAAAACAUACCUAGCCGUCAGCUACAAGCAGAUCAGCAAGCAGUUUUGAAGGUAGAAACUGAUGUAUCCCCAACAAUCACUGCGGAUGAUAAAUGCAUUAUGGAGAAUAACGUUCAAUUGCAUGAGUUAGAAAAGGGGCAAAAUUAUAUUUUUCUGCAGUCAGACCAACAAGUUUCUUCCCCACGUGCAGAUAUGGAAAGCUGCAACAGAGUAUCUUCUGAAGCAAAUUCACCUCCUUUUGGAAUCAGCGAAAAAGAAAUGAGUACAGCUGUGGAUGAAGAUGAUGGUGGAACUACAGUAGAAAUAAAUGAAACAAACAAGGGGAAAAUGUUGGGUCCAAAAGGGAAACAAAAAUUGUUAAAUCCACAUGUCAAGAGUAAAAGAGAUGGAAAAACACUGAAAAGCAGGAAAGUGGAUAAUAAUAAUGACAUAAUGAAUUUUGAACUAAAAGGCAAAAUGGCUGACCAUUUUUCAGAGGAUAUUUUAACUAUCCUCAAAUCAGAUAUUUUGCAAGCUAUAACUCCCAAUUUCCCUGGCAUUUUAAGAGACAAGAACAAAACUGACCCACCCUUGCAAGAACCAGAAGAGAAGCCAACAAGUAUAAAUGCAGGGCAACUGGAAGUGAAAGACAACAAUGUCUUCUCAUACCAGUUGAAACAUGAUGAGGAAUUGAUGACAUUGAGUCCUGGGAAAAUAGAUCUGGACUUACCAGUUCAAAUGGGCUGUCUUACUGAAAAAGAAGACCAAGUCAGUAAACCACAUAUAAAAGGUGUGGAACUGGAAGAUGUGGCAGAGAAGGGAACUGAAGAAAACAGAAUGAGUUUUGUGUACGAAGGGGAAGAUGAAAGAAACAUGAAAGGGAUGUGUGAAAAGAAAGCAAUUAUCCCUGAAGUAUUGCACACUGAAAUACUAGGAGACUCAGUGGAGGAGAACUAUACAAAGAGUUCCUGCAUUCCUGAAUCCACAGAAUGGGUGGGCAAACCGCCAGAUCCUUACAAAGCACUCUCCUCAAGUGUCAGCAAGCCCCAGUCAGACUUGCAAUCACUAUUUGAUGACGAAAACACAUUUUCACAGCUGUUUCCUCGGGAUGACCAGAUGAUCCGGAAGAAAUGCACGAGAGUCUACAGUAAACGAAAUAAAAAGCAGAAACCAACCCCAGAGCUAUUCAUUAACGAACACAUUUCGGUCAGACUUACACCCCCUGAUAACAAACAGGAUGCUGACAACUUUGUGAACAACAAUUUUGUUAGCAAAAGAAAUGACCAUUGCAAAUAUGAGACAAUAUCGACCAAUGACACCUUGAUGCUGGAAAUGUGUCAUAAAAGCACUUUAAGAAUUGACAAAGUUGUUUCCAACUUUGAGAAUGCAACUCUCACAUCAGAAGGGGAGACAGACCGUGAAAGUGAAUGCCUGAAUGACAGUCACAGCAUCAUGGAAUUUCUUUGCCCGAAUAAUCAAGCAGAGAAUAAGCCUGCAUUACCCGCAGUGAUGUGGGCUGGCGCCAAAGAUCCAGUGACAGAUAUUUCAGCAGACACUCUCCCCUCACUAGAAUCCUCUAAGGAUUUCAAAAGUGAUGAUCUAGCCAUACCCUGCAAUCAAGACUCCUCAGACCCUUUGGAUUCUCUUGUCAGUGUGGUCAGGAAUCCUGAUAAUCCUUCUCAGCUUCAUACUAUAGAUAUCCAGAAUUUAAACACAAAAUUUCAACUUCCCGCCAUCCAUUUCUUUGACUCCACUAGAGACACACCUGCAUAUGCCAGUAUCAGCAACAAUGACACGGUCAGCCUAAAUAUGAAGGCCAGUCGAAGAUUGGAGGAAAUGAAACUAAAGAAUCGGUGUGAUAUCAGCAAGAAAUCAAAAGACAGGCAAUACAAAUGUAAGGUGUGCUUCAAGUGGUUUCAGACACUUUGGGAACUUAAUUUUCAUAAACCCUCCCACAACCCUUCCCCUCCACCAACUUGCUACAUGUGUGUCCAGCGCAAGUUCAGCUCCAGAGAGCAACUGCGAGAUCACUUGAAAGAGAAGCAUGCCAAAAACAAGGCUGGUAUAUGGACUUGUGGGAUGUGUCUGAAGGAGAUCUCUAACGUCUGGAUGUACAAUGAACAUUUGAGAGAGCAUGCCAUUCAAUUUGCAAGAAAAGGACAAGCUCAACAGUCUGUGCUGGGCAUGCCUGGUUGUUUCAUGGAGCAAACAGCAGUUAAACACUUCUUGAGUUCCAUCAUGCAGCGAAGACCAAGCAAGUCAAAGAACAAUGAGGCUAGCACAAAGUCACCUUCAAAUAAAGACACAACGGCUGUAAAAGAAAACGUUGAGCUAGAUCUGAAGAUCAAAGAGGAAAAUGAUGCAUGUGUUAAGAGCAAAUUGAACCCUAGCUUUGUUGGAAAGCUCAGCACAAACACAUCAACGGUGGCCAUGCAGAAAUCCGAACACGUUCAGAAAAACGUCACUAUGCACCCAAAUUGCAAAGAUCCUUCCAGAGACUGCCACCACUGUGGAAAGCAAUUCCCCAAACCAUUUAAACUUCAGCGUCACUUAGUUGUUCACAGUUUAAAAAAAAUGUACUUGUGUCACAAGUGCCCGAUCUUUUAUCAGGACCUGCAGGAACUCAAAACCCAUGUAAAAGAAGAGCACCAAGAUACAGAAGAACCCGAGAUAAAACACACAACACUGUAUGCAUGUGAGCUGUGUGCCGAUGUCAUGCAUGUUAUUAAAAAAUCAUUUAUUUGUAGCACUUGCAAUUACACAUUUUCAAAAAAAGAACAAUACGACCGACAUAUGGAGAAGCAUCUUGCAGAAGGGAGCAAGACGUUUAAAUUUCGAGGAGUCAUGAGGCCAUGCAAACCCUUCAAAGGUGUGGGUUUUGAGUUGCAGGCCACUAUUGCUGAUACUAUAGGUUGUAUUCCCCCACGUAAAAAAAGAAAGAUUUCACCUGAUAGUUUGAUUGAGACCAGUUCGGACGGUGGCAUUGCAAGUGUUGCAUCGCUUCAUUUUAACCACAGCAUCAAACCCCAUAUUUCAAAAGAGCCACUGCCCGUGACUUCAGAUUUCUUCUCAGUGGCCAUUGAUAACCCCCCUGAUCUUCAGGACAUGACUAUAAAAACAGAAGACAACGUAGAUGACCUUUCAGAAUAUUUGGCCGAGAUGGAAAAAUCCCAGUUUAAUACUGUCCCUGAAGCACCUUGUCUUCUCCCUUCUGUUUCCAAUGCUCAGACUGGUGACCCUCCUUCACCUGAACUUUGUACUGAAGAAGUAGACAUCCAGUCUGCACCUUGCCUGAGCACCUCCCAAAAAUAUGUUGAUGAUGUUCAUUAUGAACAGCACACACAGUCACAGUCAAAUGUUGAUGAUAUUGUCAGCAGCAAAAGAUGUCAAGUGGGGUGUGGCAGCAGUGAGUUGAGAAAUCCUAAAGAGACUGUUGAAAAGACACAGCCUUCUGCUAAUGAUUCCCACUAUAAUGAAUCAUCAAAGGAAGAAACAGAAUGGUCUGAAUCCAUCAAAUCUGUAUCAGAAACCAUAGAGCUUCAAAGUGAGUCACUGGUUUUGGAUGAAAGUUCAAAGGCACUGAAUGUUAUCAAGCAAGAUGGUACUUCCCAGUGUAUUGCAGAAGAUAUAUUGAAAGCUUCCGAAGCCAAUGCCAAACAAAUUGGGGAACUACAGACACUGUUGAUAGGGGCACAGCAAAAAAGUGAAAGUGAAAAAAAAGAUUCAAAGACCAGUGAUAAUCAAAAUUUCUGCCAAGCCAAGGAGAAGGCAUCUUUAAAAUUGAGUGACAACACCAAACAAAGCUUUGACUGUACCAAACCUGCAGAAGUCAUUCAGAAGCAUUCCACAGAAUUUAGUGGAUCUGAUGAGACCGGAUUGAAUGGCAUAAAGCACAUAGCUGCUAUUGUGGGGAAAGGAGAAGAAAAGGAAUCUCUACAGUCUUCUCCAAAACUUCAUCAGAAAAAAAGAAAAGAAUACAAGACAUCUCUGGGUUCAAAACUGUCCACUACCACCAGAGAACACAUGGAUUCUGACGUGAAAAAGAAAAAACUUAGAGUGCAAAGCCCUUUAAAAAAUGAAAGCACUGGGAGCUCUAGGAAAACAGACAUUGUUAAUGAUCCCCCUGUGCUUUCAUCAGCCAGAGAUGAUAUGACAAGCAACAAAUUACAUGUGAAACCAAAAAUCGGUGGGAUUAAUAACAUACAGCCAAAGAAGAACUCUUUUGACAGCUAUCCCCCAAAGAAAGUUGAUAUGCGCCAAUCAAACUGGGAUUUCAAAAGCAAGAAAGGCAUCUUCGGAAAACCUUUGCAUUCCUCUCUGUCAAAAGGACCAAGUCCAUUUGUGUAUAGUUCCUUAAAUAAGCACAGGACUGUCCCUGGGGUGAAGUCUCCUGAGCCUCACAGCUACAGGACAGCCGAAUCCCAGAAUCAUCUGCUCAGCCAAUUGUUUGGGCAGAAAUUAACCAGCUUUAAGAUCCCUUUAAGGAAAGACACCUCAGAGUAAUUUAAUAAAUCUGACUUGUGGGGAUGCUGAAAACUGUCUUCAACAGAUUCACAAAAACAUUAAAGCUUUUGACUGCCAAAUUAUUUCCGUCUUGCUUAAAUGAGAUUGCAUGACUGCCUCUGUGAAAUAGUUUAGCUUUAUGUCUACUAAUCUUCUUCUUUAAAUCACCUGUUUUAUCAUGCAAAUGUGAGGACUUUGAUGUCGAGAGUGAGUUUUAUAAACUGAAAAUGUAAUCGCUUUUGCCCAGACUAGGACGUCAAGAGAAAUGUAUUUUUAUUUUUGAAGUACUGAGGUUACAUGCUACUUAACUGUGUCAGCUCCCCUUAAAACUGUGUCCAUUUAAUAUCUGAACAAAAGAAAAUACUUGAAGAGGAGCUGCAUUCGGAAUGCAUGUCUGUUUCAUAGUGUAGGGUUUACACGGUUAUUUUUGUAUUUGUAGCUGUGGAUCUACAUCAACAGAAACCCUCACUUCACCACACCGUCUCAUAGUGUUCAGAUAGCUCUUAAAUGUUUAGUCUGUUAUGUUACUGUAAUAAGGUAACAUGCAUUAGCUUAGUAUAUACAAUAACUGGUGCUAUUUUUCUAAUGUGAAUACAGACUUCCUUGAUCAAAGGAAACAGUUAAUCAUUAGGAGUUACCUUACAAUUACGCUGGUAUUCUGUAGCUUUAAAAAAAAAAAAAAAAAAAAAAAAAAAAAAAAAAAUUGUUUAUUGCUUAAUGACAAAGUGUUAAUUUGUAGGUAGGGAACAAAAAACCUUCUUAGAAUAUAAACUCAGGUGCAAACCAGGACAUUUCACAUUACUGAUGUUUAUGAAAAAUAACUCCCUAAUCAUGGAGGCGAAUCAGUGCACUGAUGUUCUGAUACAAAUGAUCAUAGUACUUUUGUGUCUGUCCUGCAACUUUGUAUUAUUAUUUUUAGAUUUAAAAGGUGGGUUAUUAUCAUUUAAAAGGUGCUUUAUUGUAUCAUAUGUAUCUUAUAUUGUAUGAUAAUGUAGGUAAUUUUACUUUGGGUGCAAUGCAUAUGUCAGAAAUUUUAUUUUAAUAUUGUGCAAAAAAAAAAAAAAAAACAGGAUACUUGCAAGUAAGUUUUUAUGUUGUAAGUGUGCUACAAAGUGCCUCUUUAAAAGUUGGUUAUUAAAAAAAAGCUACAACUUUAUUUGUUUAAGUGUUUUGUUAAUCAGUUGUCUGGCCCUUUUAAGUUAAGCUGCUUGAUGAGAUUUUGGGAUCAAUAAGCUACUAACAACCAAACGAGCAAGAUGGGCCGAAUGGCCUCCUCUCGUUUGUAAACUUUCUUAUGUUCUUAUGUUCUUAAGUAGUGCUGGGAACAAAUAUUGUUGUUUCACCUUUGAAUAUUGUUAAAUGAAUAUCUGUAUAUGGAAAAAAAGUUAUAUAAAUGUGAAUGAAAAUCUGUAUAUGGAAAAAGUAACUCCUAUACCCCACCACAUGAUUUUUGAAAAACACAGAGGAUCGAACUAGCUUUAUUUAUUUCAGCAGCAGGUAAUACAACUGUCACAUUUUCUAUUCCAAUCCAUGCAUUCAACUUAUUUACUGAUUGAUACAUCAAUAAGGCAGUGUUAAGCAAGAUAUCCAGCACUGUACAGAGGCAUGGCAUGGACUUUCCACUUUCCCUAUUAAAAUUGCAUUGAAAAUGACCCUUCAGAGAAGUGAGGUAUCCCAGUUGA